AUGGGAUGGUGUGUGCUGAAUUGGAAGACGGACCUGAUCAAGAACCCCAGCAUCUCCGUGCCCUUGACCACUCUUGAAGCCUGCAUGAAGGAGCUACCGCUCCCGAAUUCAUUCGGCAAGCUACUAUGGAAUUGCAUGGCCGCUGAUGCCUACUUUCAUGAGAUCCCAACAUCCGUGGACGAGAUCAAGGAAAGCUUGAGUGACCUCUCAGAAUUUUUCAAGCAUUCUUUCGACGUGGCGGGUGUCAAGCAGAGGGACGUGGAUCAAGAGACGUUGCAGAAGGUGCAACAGCUCCAGAAGGUACCAGACUGGAUUCCGACCACGCAGUCUAACUUGCGCGAUGCUUUCGAUCAGAAGAAACGAGAUUUGGCUUUGGACACCAAAGACAAGGAGACUUAUCGACAGUUGACUACGAAUUCCAAGCUGUAUGACUUCCGGCGCCAUACCGUGUUGACGCCUCCCGAAAUGCAUGGCUUCAGUGUCAACAAGCUGCAUUUCGGAACGACUUUCAAGCGCACCGUCUAUCGCCUGCUCGCAGGAAAUGCGAUGUCUCCGCCGGUCGUGGGCAGCGUCAUGUGUGCACUGAUGGUCACCGGGCUUCGGCAUCAGUUUCGUGUUGCUGUGACCGAGCUUCCCAUGCCGUUGCCGCGCAAUUUCGAAGAAACGGCGAGUGAGUUCCUCGCAGAGUUCACUGCGGAGGAGAUACUCGAUGGCGAAAACCUGUACAAGGCCGGAGAUUACGGUGAGCAGGGUGCAAAGAAGGCUGAUACGUUGCAGCAUGCUUGUGUGGGCAUCCGGUUUGUCAAGUUCCCGCCAGUCCUCACUUUCCAGCUCAAGCGUUUUCACUUUGACCUGCAGAAAAUGGAGAUGGUAAAGCUCGACAGCCGCUUCGAGUUCCCCCGCCGCUUGGACCUCUCGAAGUUCAUGAUCUACCUGCUGCCUUCGGUGGUCGUCCACCGCGGUGGAGUCGACGGCGGACACUACCGCACCUACGUUCGGCUAUUCGCCCAGCCAAACCUGGACGAGCGGUGCUUCAAACUCGAUGACGCCAAGGUCACGCCCUGCAGCGACAAGGCCACAGUGGAGGCGAAGGCAGCGCAGAGUAGCAUGGCAGCCCGAGAGGCGCAGCGGGAGGCUUUGGCAUUGUCUUUCGCAAGUCUGGCCGAAGCUGUGCGUGGGGACAGCGCCGUCCUUAAGUCUUUGGGCGGCUUCAGUACCGAGCAGUUGGCCUUCCUCUUCAAAGACCGCGCUCCGAGCACGCUAAGAAAGCGCUGGCUGAAGGAGCGAGUUGUGACCGUGGUAGCAGGCGUUCAGGUGGGCCUGGAGCCUUUCGCCGUGAUCUUGAACGGACCUAUUGUGAGUUCAUGGCUUUCAGCGCAGAAGUGGUCCCGCCGUGCACCGUCGGAGGACACCAUCGUAUUCGCAACUCGCAACUCCUCUGGUUGUGUCGAGAAAUACCGCCGUGAUGAUGUCCUCCCAGCUUUGCGGUGCCAGAGGAGCAUCGUGAGCGCCGUGCAGCACGGCUGGGUGCCGUGUACGGCUUUGGCUCGUGGUCUUGUGGCUGUGCAGGAACAGGACCCUCGUGAGCUGCUUCUUGCUGGGCAUUGUGAGUUGGACUCUGACACCGAAGUUGAGGCAGAGUCUGGUGAUUCCGAUCUUGACGGAUUGGAUGCCAGCGAGGCUGACAGUGUGCAGAGCGAUGCUCUGUCUGUCGCCUCCGAGCCGGAGGCGGACGUGCUUAACUACCAGGGCCCGUGGAUUUUGAACACGUUAACGGGUUGGUUUCAUUGCAGUGUACAGUGUGAGAGACCUGAUAGCGGCAGCAUGUUGCAGUACGACGACCAUAUUAUCGGCAAAGCCUGCAGGCGUGUUGGUGCAUGUGUUCAGUGUGAUGCUCUGGUGUAUUUUGUUCUUGGCCAUCACUUUGGGUGCUCUGGCCUGCGCUUUGGGCGCUUCAAUUGUCUGUACUCGCAUCGAAUUGCGCGCUUCUCACUUUGGGUGAUGCAGUGUGCUCUAUUAUUCCCGCGAUCACUCGCUGUCUUCCUGGUUGUCUUGUCUCGUGCCUUUCUUGUUGUGUUUGCGAUGGCAUCCUGGCGUAGCAAGCUGGUGGAUCAAGGGGUGCAGGGGUCAGUGGCGGAUGCUAUCAGUAAACUCGGAUAUGACACGGAGGAACUUUUCCGCAGCGCUUUCGUCGAUCAGGCAGCCUUCGAGGGCUGGUUGGCCAAGCUGCGCUCCAAGCUCGGCAAUGCUGAGUGGGCCGCCUUGGACGCGGAGCCACGUCCCACUCGUCGGGAGGCGCAUCGGCCCCUGAACGGCUGCGUCGUUGUCAAGGCAGAGAGGGAGACACCGUUUGUGCCGCUCCCCUCCGCAGGACUACCCCCUCUGCCCCGCAAGUCGGAUUCAAAGCGUCAGCCUUCCAACUUCGGUGGCGGGCGUUCGACUGCCAAACGCCUUCGCAACGGGGAAUGCUGGCUCUGGGUCGAGGGAAAGUGUCCUAACCGGGCUUUUCGCUUCAAGCACGAAUGUGCUUUGUGCGGGGACAAAUCCCACCACGCCGCGGGGUGCCCCAAGCAGGCGCCGCGGCGACUAGGGACGCAGUGUUCCCGAAGUGCGUGCUCUGGGGCAGCAGCGAGCAAGCCUAUGGGUCGCUUGCGUGAUGGUGAUGGGGUGGCUUCGGACGCAGAUUGGUAUUUCCCCCGCGCGCCUGAUAGUUUACAGCAGCUGCGUCGCACAUGGCUCCAGCGUGUUGAUGAGUAUAAUUUGGUCCCGCGUCUGGCCCGGGCUGUAUCUUCAGGAGAGCGCGAGGCUCUGCUGAGUGAACGGGAAAUCACAGUGCUGCGUGGCGACUUGAUUACCUUCCUGAGUGAGCAUGGGAUUUGCCGUACCGGGCGGAUUGUGCCGGGCCAGCCUCUUGCUGAAUUAUGGGAUGGCCUGUUUUGUUUGACGCAAGAUUUGGAUGCGGAGUUACCUCGUCUACUGGAUCAAGGAGAGUAUCAAGGAGUGCCCACGGGCAUCGUGCGAACGAUCCCGCCGUCGGGUGUGUGGCGGGAAGUAAAGAUUGCAGAGCGGCCUGACCUUGAGCUCCUGGUGUGUGUGAUUCUCCUUCGGGCUCGGGUCUGGAUGACCCUGCGACGUCUUGGCCUUGUUCACAAGGAGGGCUCGCCACCGUGCUUGAUUGGUGACUCCACAAUCUGCAAUGCCAAUCUGCUUAGCCGGGUCUCCGAGAAGAUUGAACUUCCCACCCUUGAAGAUGUUGCGGAGUUCAUUUCGCGUCACCCACAGGAUGAAUGGAUGGCAUUUGUGCUGGAUGUGUGUAAGGCGCACAAGCGUGUGAAGGUGCACCCGUCGGAGCAGGGGUUCUCCAUCUUCACCGUUGUAGAUGCAGAUGGGAACACCAGAUGGCGCGCGCACACAAGAUGGCUUGUUUACAAGACUUGUCACUUUGGGUGUGCAUGGGCAGCCUUCUGGUGGGCUCGCGUCGCUGCUGGACUUGUGAGGUUGACGCACCGGUUGAUCGCAGUGAUUCGGCAUUUCCUUGCCAUUUAUGUGGACGACAGCUUGUCGCUGCUGCCUUCGCAUUCAGCCCCGACGCCGGCGUGCUUGCAGAUCAUUCUGGCCUGUGCUUUGGGUGUAGCGCGGCUUACUGCCGCGCUGCGGGCGGUGGCCAGGGCAGGCUCCCAGCACAGCCGUCGCAGCUUGCAGUCCCUUGUGGGGCUGUUAUCGUGGUACACGUGCGGGGCUCGCUGGCUGCGGCCACGGAUGGCUAUUUGGUUCCACAUGCUACUACAGCCUUCGUUACGCUUUGUACCUCUGGAUAGACGUCAGCUAGCGGAAGUACAAGAGUUGCUGGAUGCCAACCUAUGCCUUAUGCAGUCGGCUCGCUCGUGUGAUGCACAGGCCGGGUGGAAGUUGCUUGAGUGUGGUGGCAGGCCAGUCACCGCGCGGCAGAAGUUGCUGGAGCCAGUGGCGAACGAUGGACGCACGUGGGUCAAGUUUGGUGACCCUACUUCUCGACAUGUUGUGGCAAGCAAAGAGGAGUCGAGUGUGGCCGCGUUCUUCUUGCACAUUGUCGGUGCCAAUGCACCUGUGCAUCUCGUAGAGGAGGAAGCGCAAGGUGUGGUAGCGGCGGCGGAUGCGUUUGCCGAAGGAGACGUUGCAGGGUUGGGAGGCUGGUGGCUUCCUCCUGGCCACGACCUCGAUCUGGCCAAUAUCCAGUAUUUUGCAAUCAGCCUGAAGCGCUCCGAUCUCCCAGCAUGGUUCUGUCAUGACAAUGAUGGCAAGCAGGUGCCAUCUUUACAGUCUUGCAUCUGUGCGCUUGAAGCCUUGGCACAACUCGUAUUGUUAGAUGCCAGAUUGAGUGCAGGGGAGGUUAAAGCAUCUUUGGGACGUAUCUGCGUGCGGCAGCAGCGUGACAACUUGGGUGUGGUGUGCAGCACCAGCAAAGGAUUGUCUAUGAGGCGUCCAUUGUCCUUCGUGCUCCAAGCAUCUGCAGUGUUGUGCAUGCGAGAGCGUGUUAACUUGCGUGUGUCGCACAGUGCUGGAAUCCGGAACGUUUGGGCGGAUGCCUUGUCUCGAGGACAGCAGUUCGCGCCAGAGAUUUGGAGCCAGCUGUGCGCUUCUAACCAGUGCCACCGAGACUGGCGUUCACUGCUUGAGCUGGGUCGCUUCGGGCUCAGGGCCUGA